AUGCAGAAGAAAACGAUUAGAUAUUUGAUUUUGCAUAAAAGUUUAACAUCUUUUUGCCUUGGAUACUGCAGCAAUGAACUGCAGAAUCAACACAUGACAAUUGAAACAGCAUUGCGCUAUUUGGAUCUUCCUUUCAAAGUAUUAAAUGUUGAUGCAGUUCAGCCAUUGGCGGAUGCGGCCAAAUUGUUUAUUAUCCUCCGUUUCAGGGACAUAAACAAGUUCGAAAAAGAGGCAUUGAGUUUGCCUCUUUCGGGAAUUAAGGUUGUUCUGUCCAGUGAUCUUCUUCAGAUUGCAUCAGAGGAUGUUGUCUAUGACUUUGCGUUGAAGUGGGCUCGUAUGCAUUACCCAAAGUUUAAGGAUCGACGAGAAGUAUGGACUACACAUCUUUGUUUCCUCAUCCGAUUUCCAGCCAUGACAUGCACGAAGCUGAAGAAAAUCAUGACGUGCAAUGACUUCAGUCGUGAGCUUGCUUCAAAGUUUGUCUUUGAGGCUCUUUUUUACAAGGCAGAAGAACCUUAUCAGCAGCGUGCAAUUUCUGCCAAGUUGGGGAAUGCUUUAGGCCAUCGUUAUUUGGAGCGGGCAUACAAACUCAGACCUGUUAAAGCUCUCGAGUUUGAAGCACCUCAUCAACAGUCUGUUGUUUACCUGUAUUUGAAAAGAGAUGAGUGUGCUAUCCUCUUUCCUGCAGGUAAACUCUAUUUACAGGGUUUCCAUUUUGGUGGACAAGAGCUUUUCCUUUCCGCGUAUUGCAACAUAGACCAACAAGGUUUUCAACAUUGCUUGGGGUUGUUCCUGGGUAUGCAAGGGGAGGAGUUUGAGCCACUUGCAGUUGAUUACGAGUUUUCAGUGCGUCUUAGACCAGACAACGAAUUUGUGAGCAUGUAUAAGGGAAGCCAUACCCUUAAUAGUGGCAUCGUUGUGGGGUGCCGGAACCUUUGUGAUAUAGGUUGGACCCCUUUUCUGAAUGAAGAUGGUUUGUAUUUCAUCGACGGAGUUUUGCAUAUUCGUGCUGAGAUUACUGUGGUCAGGGAAUGA